UCAGUAAUAAACCUACUAAUGGAAGCCCCUCUUUUUUGGUCGGCUUGUCACAUUCUGGGACGAGGAGACAAAAUGUCAUCAAAUUUAUUGCCGCCAUCACCGAAUCCUGAAGAUAAAGUAAAGGAUGACUCAAUCAAAAAGGACAGGCCUUAUAAGAUCUUUUUCAAAGAUCUCUUUAUGUUCAAAGAAAAUGAAAUGGCAGCAAAGAGAAAGGAAAGAGUUAUGAACCAUAACAUGAAAAUCCACCAAAAGUCUACUUUUUCAUCCCGAAUGAAGAGUCGUUCACACCUGAAGCAACUAGUUUUCCGCUCUGACACAGGUGGUAGCUUUGAAAAGUUUGGGCUAGAUCCUACUCUUCUUCUCAAAUUAACGGAAGGUUCAGACUCAAAAAGGACUGUCCAUGAAUUUAUUAAUGACCAGAGAGACAGAUUUCUGCUUGAGUAUACUCUGUCAACCAAAAGAAACACAAUUAAAAAGUUUGAAAAAAACAUGGCAGUGAAAGAAAGGCAGCUCGCAAAAGCAGAAAGAAAGCUCCAAGAUGACGCGAUGGCCUUUGAAGAGUUCCUUCGAGAAAAUGACCAGAGAUCUGUGGAUGCUCUUAAGAUUGCAGCACAAGAAACUAUAAACAAACUCCAAACGACGGCAGAGCUGAAGAAAGCGAGUACAGAGCUGCAGGCCAUGAAGAGUGAAAUAGCAAAAACAGAAUUCCUCCUUAACGAGUACAUGAGAUACGGAUUUUUUCUGCUGAAAUUGUCUCCAAAGCAUUGGCAAAUGGAGCAGGCACUUAAAAAAGCGCAGGCAACAAAAACAAAUACCAUCCUUCCAAAACUAUUAACAAAAUUCUCCUUACAUUCAAAUCAAAAAGAAGACACCUUGGAGGAGCCCAGGCAGACAUCAGUCUUUUCAGAAGACUCUUCUCAGAAAAGUAGCCGAGGAAAGCCACUCAGGAGGAAGUCCAUUCUCAUCCCAGAGAAAACGAAAUCAACUGUAUCAAACCAGGCUGAAAGUGUCAGUUCAGAAGACAGUUUGGAAUUAUUUUCAGAUGAUAUGGACUUUGAUGUGGACCCAGUGCUGUAUUUCAAAGAACCAGAAGAGUUGCUUCAAGUCCUCACAGAGCUGGAAGAGCAGAAUCUUACUUUGGUCCAAUAUUCCCAAGAUGUAGAUGAAAAUCUUGACGAUGUAAACAAAAGAGAAAAAGUUAUACAGGAUAAAAUAAAUAGCAACAUAGAGUUUCUUUUGGAGCACAAGGAAAUGCUUAAGGCUAACUGUGAGAGAGAAGAGGAAAAAGCAGCAGAAUUGGAAUUAAGGUCCCGGCUAUUUAGUUUUGGAGAAUUUAAUUCAGAUGCCCAGGAAAAACUGAUAGAUUCACUCAGUAGAAAAAUUAAUCAAGUGUACAAAGUCUGCAUUGGAGAUGCUGAGGUUAGCAGCCUCAACACAGUUCAAAAGCUGGUAAAAGUAGAGUCUCGCCUGGUGGAACUGAGUGACCUCAUUGAAACCAUUCCCAAAGAAAGUGUGGAGGCAAUUGAGAGGAUGAAACAGAAAGAACGGCGGCAAAAGUUGCGUGAUGAGAAAAUGAAAGAAAAACAAAAACACCAGGAGGAAAGGCUAAAAGCUGCUCUGGAAAGGGCAGUAGCAGAACCAAAGAAAAAGUUGGGAAGACGACUUAUCUAUCGUUCAAAACCUCCAUCUGGUGACAAACACAGACUACUUUUAAUCAGUGAUACAAGAACAAAAACACAAGAGGAAGAAUAUUUUUUUACUUGA